CAAAGGUCUCGCUUGUCUUUUUUUAACCUUUUCUUGAAAGGCAGAAGAGGCUCUUUAUCUUGUCACUCUUCCAUACCCAGAGACCGUUCUCUUUCUUCCUCCUCUCGUUUCGUUAAAACUUUUUACCUGAAGCUUCUUGUUUUUACUUCAACUUUAAAUAUAAAAUUAUAUUAUAUAUAGCAGUGCUGUGGCUUGAGAGCUGCUGAACAAGUUGUGGGUGGGUUUGAGAAGGAUGAUGAGUGCUUCAAAGUUCAUUAAAUGUGUCACAGUUGGAGAUGGAGCUGUUGGGAAGACCUGUAUGCUCAUUUGUUAUACCAGCAACAAGUUCCCCACUGAUUAUAUACCCACAGUAUUCGACAAUUUCAGCGCCAAUGUGGCUGUGGAUGGGAGCAUUGUCAACUUGGGACUCUGGGAUACUGCAGGCCAGGAGGAUUAUAGCAGGUUAAGACCACUGAGUUACCGAGGUGCAGAUAUAUUUGUCUUAGCUUUCUCAUUAAUCAGUAGGGCAAGCUAUGAAAAUGUUCUUAAGAAGUGGAUGCCUGAACUUCGUCGAUUUGCACCCAAUGUUCCAAUUGUUCUUGUUGGAACAAAGUUAGAUCUUCGUGAGGAAAGUAGGCAUUUAGCUGAUCAUAUGGGUUCUAAUGUCAUAACAUCGGCUCAGGGAGAGGAACUAAGGAAACAAAUUGGCGCAGCAGCUUAUAUAGAAUGCAGUUCUAAGACUCAACAGAAUGUCAAAGCUGUAUUUGAUACUGCUAUUAAGGUUGUUCUUCAACCUCCAAGGAGGAAGGAGAUUGCAAGGAAGAAAAGGCGCAGAAGAUCUGGAUGUGCAAUUGCGAGUAUUGUCUGUGGAGGCUGUGCUGCUUAGGGCAUGUUGAAGCUGCAGUGGAGAGUAGCCCCACUUUCAGCAUGCAUUGUUGUUUUCAAAUGCUUUUUGUUGCUGGUUCCUGACAGCCGUUUAGAUGUCUAAAUUGGCUAAUGUAAUUUAGGUUCAUUCCAAAACUGGCCAGAAUAGAAGUGGGAAUUGUUCAUUCUCUCAUGUACUGUUACUAGGUUAGGUUAAUUGUGUUUAAUCUGGUUUUUGCUAAAGUGAGAGCUGCUUGGUAUGUACUAAAUACAUGAAACUGAUAUCCAUCUUUAAGCUGAAAGAAAGUUGAAACCCUUUGUUCAUUUA